UUGUAUGCUUCGGGUGUUUGAUGUUGUAAAAAAAGUUUCAUGUUUUAGUUCCACUUCGACGGCUCCAUAAAACGGUCGUGUUGUAAACGGUUACUUUAACUAACGGGCGCCAAAGAAACGUAAAUAAUUUUAAAAUCAAAUAGAAAUCAGUGAACAUAGUUGAUUGGCGCUCAUAUGAAUUAAUUAAUAACAAUUAAAUAAAUUUAAUGGGAUUUCUUUUUUUUAAUGAUUUUUCAAUAAAAUUCAAAUAAUUGUUCUAAAUUUAAAUGGACUAAAAUAUUUAAAAAUGCAAUAAAUUCUAAAAUACAAAGUUCAUGGUUAAAAAACGAGUUCGCACAGAUGGUUUUGUGUAGUAAUGUUCUAUUACUAAAACACAUGGAUUGAAUUUUAGAAAUAAAAAAAAUACAAAAACAAAACAAUAUGAUUAUAGUAACAAUAACAUGUUAAACAAUUGUUAAUCACUAAAUUUAAAUGUGUAAACAAAAUUAACAACAAACAAUAACAAAAUAUACAACAUUUAACGGAUUUACUUCGUUAUCGAGAGUGUGGAGGCGUGAGUUACUACAGAGUGUGCAAAUUAUUUCAAAAAGGCAUGUCACUAUGGAGCUGAUAAGGAAAUAUCAGCAAGGAAAAUUAACUACCACCGAUGUGCGAAAGCUGAAUAAUAUAGUAUUAUGCCUUAUGAUAUCUGUGGCUGCCACCUCCAUUGUAUGGAGUCUAUCGAUACAUGUUUUAUCGGGUGAUUUUUAUAAUGGUUUUAUUGGUGCCAAAUUAGUGUUUCGUGAGCGUGAUUUAACACAAAUGGAAUAUGCAGAACAGGAAAUUUGGAAACAUGAUUUGGAUAGAGUUUUCAAUGAAACAUAUACCAUUGAGGCCUUAGAUCAAAUUAAAGCUGAUGCCUUAAUAAUGCCUAAAUUAAAAGAAGAUCAACCUUCAACUAAAAAACCAAAAAUCCACAAAAUUGCCCAUGUAUUUCAAAUGACAAAUUCAAAAGUACCUGAUACACCGGAAAUCGCAAACAACAACAAUAAAGCCACGAAUGACGCUGAUGAUGAUGACGAUGAAGAAACUACCACAAAAGUGCCAAAAAUCUUUAAUAUAGAAGAAGAUCGUAAAUUUCUAUCCCGCAUGACAAUUGAUAUUCAUCAAACUCGUUGGCAUCAUAAUGCUGCUGUUAAGUUCAUUUAUAGUUUUCCAUUUUUUUCGGAAAUUAUUGCCAUCAUAUGGACUGCCAUGUGUUUUAUAUUCCAAUCGGGUGUCAAAAAGACUUGGGGACUUCCAAAGCCUUGGCGCAUUGUUAUACCCUCAAUAAUGAUGUUUACCAUAAUGACUGUUGCCAAUUUAAGUUAUUUAAUAUUGGCCAAUGGUUUUCUGAAAACAUUCUGCAGUGAUUUACGAGAAAACCUCAGUAAACCAGAGGCCAUAAGUUGCGGUGAUGCUAUGGCCCUGUUAAGACCAGUUAUACGUACGCAAGCUUUAUCGCACAAUACGUACUUAAUACUAUUUCGUAUUUCAUACUCUUUAGCCAUGAUCCUAUGGAUUUUUUCAUUACUCAUAAUGCUAAUGAGAUUCCUAUUAGCCAUUGAUUUCCAAUUGGUGGAUGUGGAAACAAAUUACGAUCGUGAAAUGAGAGAGGGCAGAUUAAAGGAACAAGAAUUUGUGGAAGUACUGUUAACAGCACCGCAAAGUCCCAAAGCAGGGGCAACAUUAAGUGUGCAAAAUGAACGACCCAAAUCGGAAGAUGACUUUCAAAGUGCUAAAUCUCAUUUGAGUGAAGUAGCCACACCAUUAUUGGAUCGUUUGAGCAACACAAGGGGAGAACUAAAAACUUAAAUGAGAAGUUUUGUUUUUGUUUGGUUUUUUCUGUUUUAUUUACUUAAAACGAUAUAUUUCUAUGAAAUCUCAGGUAUACAGAAUCUAUUACAUUUACAAAUAUGUAAGAGAAAAAAUUUAGAACAAUUUUUAAAUAUUAUUGUAAGUUUUAAAAUUCCAUAACUUUUGAUAGUCCAAAAAAAUGGAAGAGUUUUUUUUAAACAAAUGAACCUGACAACCCAUAAAAUAAAGUAUAAUUGGGGAAAUUUAGAGUUUGGAUAAUAAUUUUUUAAAUAUUAAAAUUGAUCACUCUAUAAAUUUCCCAAAAGUGCCUACUAAACACAAAGCCAGUAUACAGGGGGAUUUGCGUGUGUUAUGAAUUGAUUUAUUUAUAAAAAAUAGGAUAUUGAAAUUAAUUAAUUUUUAUUCCAGCCAGUUUCACUUAUGUAUUUUUGAAUACUAAAUUUCUAUUUAAUCAAUCUUUUUCUAUCUAAUGAAUACAUUUUCUAAUACUUUACUUCAUUAUUUAAGAAAUAUUAUAAACUCAAUUCAUCAUUUGCAAAAUCUCCCACAAUCAUUGUGAACAAAUUUUUAUGUUAGACCUAAUUUUAGUUAAUAUUUUUAUUUAAUUUUAUAUUACUUUUGUACGUAUUAUUUUAAAUUCAAAUAAUUUUAACUACAACGUAUGUCUUUUUAUAACCACUAUGCCUAAAAAUAUACUACAUAUGUAAUAAAAAACGUAAUAUUUU